AUGCGGUGCCCGAGCAAGGCCGCCGAGAGCGCGUCCGCACGUCUCUGUGCGGACGCCGAAGCAGAAACCGCAGCAACUGAUGUCCUAUCGGUUGCUGAAGCGACUCAGCCUGUGUCACUUGGUGAUGCAGGCGCUCGUCAUGAAGACACUCAUGUCUUCACAGAGCAUGAGCUCGGUGUCUCAUACUCUCCUGAUACGGAAGACGGAUCCGUAUGGAAAGAGAUCGAAUCCAAGCCGCCUGCCAAGCGUGGCAUGGAUGAUGCUAUGCGUCGUAGCAUCUUUGGUCCAUCUGAUGAAUCAGAUGAAUUAUCGCCGAAGCGAAGGCGCUCGAGGUCGCGAGACUCGGGCGCUCACCGUGGUGUCGGUUCUCCUAUUGACACCACUUCGCAACGAGGUGCCAGUCCUUCAGUCGGCACGUCGCGAGAAGAGCGGGACCGCAGUGUCUUGAGUCUCGCUCCUGAGAGGAAGGCAUGGAUGCCUCCUAAAUCUGUCAUGGAUCACUUGUCGGCGACGACGAGUGAUCGCUAUCGAACACGAUUGUUCGAUUCGUCAAGGAUCCAUCACCUUGACCCCAGUGUGAAAGACUAUCACACUGAGAAUGAAUUCUUCACCGUUGCUUUCUUUAGACAUCGAUGGUACAGUGAGAAUCACAAACGUGAUGGUCCCUCACUGCUUCAAGCGUGGAACGCCUACAUCCAUAACCUCGAGGAUGUAGGUCGUGACGCUUGGAACGACAAAAUUAUCAAAGCUCGUGAUAAGUUUGAGAAGCGAACCCCGACAGCACACACACCUAAGGAGGCUUACCUCCUUACUAGCCCGUGGUGGCGCGUACGUGUCUCUACUGAGACGUACGAAGGGAUUGACAACCUGAAAUCCCUUUACGACCGUGCCGGGAAGACUUUCUCCGGUGGUCCUUCUGCGGCACAGGAUGUGCCGCGUCGUACUGCUCAACCAGACCCAGUACGUCAGCCAUCAGUUGGGAGCGGGGCUCCCAAGUAUCCCAGGACGGGGGAUAGCCGCACCAACGGACGAGAUAACUCGUCCGACGUCCGUUCACGUCGCAGUGGUUCAACAGUUGCUCAACUAGAUAGCGCUGGCCACCGCGAGAGUCCUCCAAUGGAGGUGGAGGAGGAGGGAAGACGCUCUCCAAACUAUCGUGGGGGAGCGUGUGUCUCCGAGAGCUUCUUUGAUCGCGUAACUCUUGCGUUACGUGACGACCUCGAGCAUGAGCGGGACAGGCGUCUUCAACUUGCGGACACUGUCUCGAAGCAUCGAGCUGGGGCUGCCUUUGCUCAGCUCGAGAACGAGAGAGCUCUGACGUCUCUGCGUGACGAGCUAAGGGUAGCUCGUGUGGAUAUUGACCGGUCUCGGACUGAGAUAACUGCUCUUCAGACCCUUGUCCAUAUCGACCAUCGGGAGCACAAGGCCCUCUGUGAGAUGCUUGAGCGCAAGUGCAUUCUUCAUCGGGAGAAAAAGCGUACUGAUGGUACGGCUUAA